AUGGUCAAAGCUAUUGAAUCUUAUGACGAGUUCAAGACUCUUAUCUCAGGACCUGAGACUGUCGUAGUCGAUUACUGGGCUACAUGGUGUGGACCAUGUAAGAUGAUCUCUCCUCAUUUCGGUAAACUUGAAGCCAAGUACCCUGGUGUCAAAUUUGUCAAAGUCGACGUAGAGGAACAAGAGGAAAUCGCCAAAGAAGCAGGUAUCAAAGCUAUGCCAACUUUCAUCGCUUACAAAGAUGGUCAACCCAUCGAGACAGUCACCGGUGCCGUCCCCGCCAAGCUUAAUGCUCUUCUCGAAAAGAUCUCUGCUUAA